AUGGAGUUCCCCAACACCUCUCUCAUCGGUGGCGCUGCCGACAUCCCCGUCAACUCUCCCACUCCCAUCCUGACUUUCAGUCCUGUCGUCAUUCCCAGCACAGACCGCCGAGUUGACUUGGAGCUCAAGGUCACGGCUCCGGCUACUGGAGAUUCUCUCCCCAUCAUCCUCCUCUCUCACGGCCAUGGUCCUAGUAACUACCUCUCCUCGUUCAAGGGUUACGGGCCCAUCGUCGACUUCUGGGCUUCGCAUGGCUUUGUCGUCAUUCAACCUACACACUUGAGCUCUAGGCAGCUUGGCUUUGAGCUCAACGCUGAGAGCAUUCGGGAGCUCUUCUUGGAGUCACGAGCCAAGGACAUGACUCGGAUCCUUGAUAAUCUCGACACCAUCGGGGAGACUGUUCCUCUUCUCAAGGGCCGACUUGACAAGUCCAAGGUUGCAGUUGCGGGCCACUCACUGGGUGGAAUGACUGCUACCAUUCUUCUGGGGGCUGUCAACACAGAUACCCGUGAUGGGACCAAGACCCAGCUUGCUGACAAGCGCAUCAAGGCUGGUGUGGUCAUUGGCGGUACUGGAACUGGUGGAUCAGACCUCUCUGAAAAUGGAAGAACCAAGUUGAUCCCCUUCCACAACCCCGAUUUCAGCACCAUGAGCACGCCCUCUCUCAUCGUCUGGGGCGACUCGGAUGUCAGUCCUCACCUGACCGUUCGAGGUGCUGACUGGCACGCCGAUCCCUACAAUCUUGCUCCAGGACCCAAGGCCUCCUUCUGUAUCAAGGAGGGUCGUCACGGAUUCGGUGGAAUUAGCGGCUGGGAUGCACUUGAGUGCCAGGAUGAGAGCCCAGAGAGGCUGGCGGCUGUGCAGAGGGUCACUUGGGCGUAUCUCAAGAGCCAGUUGUAUCCUGGUGACAAGGCGUGGGACGAGGCACGCAAGGGACUUGAGGGACAUGGGGAGAUUGGAAAGAUUGAGCAGAAGUAG